UCGGAGAGUUUAGUUGCAGAUCUACAUGCAAAGUAUUUCCGGUAAAGCUUGGGUCUGUGUUGUGGUGUCAACGUGGUUGAUGUGCAUUUCAAAGUGAAGGUUAUUCCUAAAUUUAAAGUAUGGAAAGUAUUUUAGAGCAAUUGCGGCGGUACCAUGAAGAAAAAGAACGUCUUAUGGAUGCUAUGUCCAGAGAGAUGCUUUCGAAGAAGUCAACGUUACGAGACCAGAUCAACUCUGAUCACCUCACAAGAGCGAUGCUAGAUAGGUAUAUGGAUGUCAGCACCAAUUGCAGAGAUUUAUAUGAUGAUAAGGAUGGCAUGAGAAAAGAUGAACUCAAUGCCAUUUCAGGACCAAAUGAAUUUGGAGAAUUCUACAACAGGUUAAAGCACGUUAAAGAAUUUCAUAGAAAACACCCAAAUGAGGUUUGUGUGCCUAUGUCUAUCGAAUUUGAAGAAUUGAUGAAAGCUAGAGAAGCCGGAGGUGAAGAUGUGCAAAAUUUAGUAGAAUUUACAGAUGAAGAGGGUUAUGGACGUUACUUGGAUCUUCAUGACUGUUACUUAAAAUAUAUAAAUUUGAAAGGGACAGAGAAAAUAGAUUACAUUACAUACUUGUCUAUAUUUGACCAGCUGUUUGACAUUCCAAAGGACCGAAAAAAUACAGAGUACAAGAGGUAUCUUGAAAUGCUUUUGGACUACCUUCAGGAAUACUGUGACAGAGUGAAACCAUUACUGGAUCAGAAUGACUUGUUUGGAAGAAUACAAGCUGAUUUUGAGAAGAAAUGGGAAAAUGGAAUAUUUCCAGGCUGGCCGAAAGAAACAAGCAGUGCGUUGACCCAUGCUGGAGCCCACUUGGAUCUCUCUGCCUUUUCCUCCUGGGAGGAAUUGGCAUCUCUUGGAUUGGACAGAUUGAAAUCUGCCUUAUUGGCGUUAGGGCUAAAAUGUGGAGGAACACUGGAAGAAAGAGCACAGAGGCUUUUUAGCACCAAAGGAAAAUCAUUGGAGUCCCUUGACCAAGGUCUCUUUGCAAAAAAUCCAAAAACUAAAGGCACUAAAAAAGACACAGAGCGCUUCAGAGAGAUUGCUUUUCUGGAAGCACAGGUCUAUGAAUAUGUUGAAAUUCUUGGGGAGCAGCGUCACCUGACUCGUGAAAAUGUACAGCGCAAACAGGCUAGAACUGGGGAAGAACGAGAAGAGGAAGAGGAGGAGCAAAUCAGUGAGAGUGAAAGUGAAGAUGAAGAAAAUGAGAUCAUUUAUAAUCCUAAAAAUCUGCCCCUUGGCUGGGAUGGCAAGCCUAUUCCUUACUGGCUGUACAAGUUGCAUGGUCUGAACAUAAACUACAAUUGUGAGAUCUGUGGGAAUUACACUUACAGAGGACCCAAAGCAUUCCAACGGCAUUUUGCGGAGUGGCGCCAUGCCCACGGUAUGAGAUGUCUUGGUAUCCCUAAUACAGCCCACUUUGCCAAUGUCACCCAGAUAGAGGAUGCAGUGUCCUUGUGGUCCAAGCUAAAGCAGCAAAAAGCAUCUGAGAGGUGGCAACCUGACACAGAGGAAGAAUAUGAAGACUCCAGUGGAAAUGUUGUUAACAAAAAGACAUAUGAGGACUUGAAACGGCAGGGUCUGCUGUAAGAGAUGCAAGCAUCAGAAGCUGACCAUAAGCAAGAAUUUUAUAAAAUACAAAUUAAUUUUUUCCAUAUUUUAAUACAUUCUUUACACUUGUACGGUUUAGUUGACAGCGACAUUCAAUUCCUCCUGUUGUCGGUAGUAUACCAUAGAUUCCAGCAGCUUUCCUUCUAUUCCAUUUAGGAAGAAUUGGUCACUGCUGUACUGAUUAAUAGAAGUGUGAAAUGUUUAAAAUAAAAAAAAUAUUGAAAACUC